CAACAAAACCACACAAAUGUCAAAUUGAAGGGACGCCGUGUAAAUCUCAAACAUUUAGUAGAAUUUAGAUAUUACUGUGUUUACCUAAAUAUUCAAUUGAAAAGUAGAACUUUUGUGCUUAUUAAUAGUCAGCGAGAUGGCAAGCUUAGGCCCCAAGAAGGAUGGAGGACCUAAUGUGGAUUUCUUUCAAGCGCCGGAGUCAUUAGCACAAUUUGAUCAGAUUCGUGUUUGGUUGCAAAAAAAUUGUAAAAAGCAUGUACAAACAGAUCCACCAACUAAAGAGGGUCUGGCACAACUGGUUAUACAGCUUAUUCAAUAUCAGGAAAACAAAUUGGGGAAAAAUGCUUCAGACCCACCAUUCUUAAGGCUUCCGAUGAAAGUGUUCAUGGACAUGAAGCCAGGAGGUUCGCUGUGCACGGUCCUCGCCACCAUGUUCCGCUUCAAGUCGGAGCAGCGGUGGCGCAAGUUCGACUUCCAGGUCGGUAAGAACCCGUCCCGUAAGGACUUGAAUGUGCAGAUGAUGAUGGAAAUUGAGAGUGCUUUGAUGGGGGCGGAAAUAAUACGCUCCCCCUGCGUGUAUAUACGACCUGAAGUAGAUAAAGCAACAGCUAAUAAAGUCAAGGAUAUUGUUAGUAAUCAUCAAGGAGAGAUUUGUGAUGACGAAGAAGACGCGACUCACAUAAUUUACCCGACCGUGGACCCGCUGGAGGAGGAGUACGCGCGGCCGGUGUUCCGGCGCGGGAACGGCACCCUUGUGCACUGGUACUACCUGCCCGACAGCCACGACAUAUGGACACAGACCGAACUGCCGGUGGAUGCGCCGGAGGGCAUGAGCUGCGAGUGGUCCCGCAGCGAGCCGUGGCGCGUGUCGGCGAGCUGGGCGCUGGACCUGCCGCAGUACAACGAGUGGAUGAACGAGGAGGACUACGAACUGGACUCCAACGGCAAGAAGAAGGUUCACAAACUGCGUCUAUCUGUGGACGAUUUAAUCCCGGGCGCGGAACCUUCCAGCAAGGGAAAGAAGGGCAAGAGGAAGCGGUCCCCCUCUCCGCCGCCGCAGAAGCACGGCAAGAGGAAGAGUCGCAUCUCGAAGCGUCGUGACAAUGAUGGCGAGGAUGAAGAGGAUACAGCAUCACGAGACAACACCGACAUCGCGCCCACGCCGGAAGCGGAGCGCUCUGCUGACACUCCGGGUGGUCCGGCGGAGGGCGCGGGGGUGUCGGGGGUGUCUGGCGGGGAGGCGCCCGCCACGCCCGCGCCCGCACUCGACCUGCACGACGACUCGCAGGGCAAGCAUAGCGACUCCAACACACAGGAGAUGUUAAGUAAGGAAGAAUUAGAAGACAAUGUGACAGACCAGACUCAUCACAUCGUUGUGCCUUCUUACUCCGCCUGGUUCGACUAUAACUCCAUACAUACAAUAGAGAAACGAGCUCUGCCGGAGUUCUUCAAUGGAAAGAAUAAAUCUAAGACCCCGGAGAUAUAUCUGGCUUAUAGGAACUUCAUGAUCGACACGUACCGCCUGAACCCGACGGAGUACCUCACGAGCACGGCGUGCCGCCGCAACCUGGCCGGCGACGUCUGCGCCAUCAUGCGCGUGCACGGCUUCCUGGAGCAGUGGGGGCUCCUCAACUACCAGCUGGAGGCGGAGUCGCGGCCGACGGCGAUGGGCCCGCCGCCCACCUCGCACUUCCACGUGCUGUCGGACACGCCCUCCGGCCUGCAGCCGCUGCAGCCGCUGCAGCCGCGCCCCGCGCACCCGCGCCCCGCGGAGAACGCGGCGGUGCCGAAGGUGGAGGCGGGUCUGCCGAACGGCGCGGAGGGCGGAGCGCCCGCCGCGCCCGCGCUGCCGCAGCUCAAGCAGGAGCCCGCGCUGGAGCUCGGCACCGCGCCCGGACUCAAACUGGACCAGUACCGCGGCGGCGCGCGCGGGCGCGAGUGGACGGAGCAGGAGACGCUGCUGCUGCUGGAGGCGCUGGAGCUGCACCGCGACGACUGGAACCGCGUGGCGGCGCACGUCGGCACGCGCACGCACGACGAGUGCAUCCUGCACUUCCUGCGCCUGCCCAUCGAGGAGCCCUAUCUGCAGGACGCGGCCUCCGGCGGCGUGCUGGGCCCGCUGGCGUACCAGCCGGUGCCGUUCAGCAAGGUGGGCAACCCCGUGAUGAGCGCCGUCGCCUUCCUCGCCUCCGUCGUCGACCCGCGCAUCGCCUCGCGCGCCACGCGCGCCGCCAUGGACGAGUUCGCAGCUAUCAAGGACGAGGUGCCGGCCGCGAUGAUGGAGGCGCAUGUGAAGGCGGCGGGCGCGCACGGCCCGGCCGCCGCGCUCGCCGCCACCGGCAUCGCCGGCACCGCGCCAGACAACAAGCCAGCAGGUGAGAAGAAAGAAGAGCCAUCGGAGGUGAAGGCCGAGCCGAUGGAGGUGGAGGAGGGGGAGCUGAAGGUGAAGGAGGAGGUGGCGGACACGCCGCCCGCUGAGGAGGCAAAGGACACCAAGGAUGCUGCUGAGCCCACAACUGCAGAGGCGAGUGCGGGCGGGGGUGGGCAGGUGGAGGCGGGCGUGGCGGCGGCGGCGGCGGCCGCGCUGGCCUCCGCCGCUGUCAAGGCGAAGCACCUCGCGGGCGUCGAGGAACGCAAGAUAAAGUCACUAGUCGCGUUACUCGUCGAGACGCAGAUGAAGAAACUAGAAAUAAAACUGCGACAUUUUGAGGAAUUAGAAGCUACUAUGGAGAGGGAAAGAGAAGGUCUGGAGUACCAGCGGCAGCAGCUGAUCCAGGAGCGGCAGCAGUUCCACCUGGAGCAGCUGAAGGCGGCGGAGUUCCGCGCUCGCCACCAGGCGCACCAGAGGUUGCAAGUGGAGACGGGCGUGGCGGGCGUAGCGGGCGUGGGCGGCGUGGGCGGCGUGCCGGCGCCGGAGCAGCCGCCCGACGCGGCCGCGCACCUCGCCCCGCCACACCACGUCUAGCACGCACGCACGCACGCACGUAUGCACGUACGUACGCCCGCACGCCGUGAAUCCAUUACGUGAACACCCUGAGCGGCUUCGGUGAACUAUGGAUAAAUGACUUUUAUGUUUUCUUUCUAUUUUUAUGCAUAAGUGAUAUAGCUAUGAAAUAAUUAUAAUAUAAA